AUGUCUCUGCUGACACGGAUCUCCAAAAGCUUCAAGAGCACCAAAUUCGACACCCGCCCAGACGAGUUUCUACCCCAAAGCGCCAUUUCGGAACUUGUCGACCGAGAUGCCAUCAUCCGGGAGCUGUGGGAACCCGGCAAGGACCUGACAGACGACGACAAGAAUCUAGUGCAGUGGAUCCAGAAUGAUGCUCCCCAACUCUUUCUCACCAUGAUCUACAGUCGAACACCUGACAUAGAUUCCUGCUCCCGAAAAUGCAUGUCCAUGAAGUUGUUUCGGAAGCAUGACCUCAGCGAUGACCGCCUCCCUCUGACUCAUACAGUCGACUUCCUGUGUACCCCGUCGACGGAUGAUGAAGAGAGAAACUGCCGAAACAUCUGGAACGAAGGGAUGGAAUUCUACUUCAAGCCAUCCCAAUGGAAAUUUGUGGUUCCCGUCAUUUCUUCAACCAAGUUCACGUACAGUCUUCAACCGGGGCAGAUUCUUCCCUUCACUGUGGUUGAUGAUGUCGUCAAAGGAGGUGCAUUCGGCCGUGUUUACCGAGUCAAGAUACAUCCCUCACAUAUCGACCAUGACAUUGGAGAGAUCGCUGUCAAGGAGAUCACCAUUGAUGGGAGUAAAGAGGCGCAGAAGGCGAUCAAAGACGCAUGGCCCAAUGAGGUACGAGCCUUGAAAAUCAUCAAAGAGCGUCAGAAUGCGCACCUUAUCCACUGCAUCGCUGCCAUCGAGAGAGAUAAGAGCCGUUAUCUUCUUUUCCCUUGGGCCCAAGGGGGAAAUCUCAAGGAGCACUGGGAAAAGAAACCCCGUGAAGGCCUUGAAAGAGCCAAUAUCAUGGAUGCUCUCAUCCAGCUGAAAGGUCUUGCUGGUGCUCUCUGUCAGUUGCAUUAUUUCAGUCACGCUCGUGAUGGAGACGAUCCCUUCGACUCGAUAAUGGUGGAUUCCUCCGACUCGGACAUGAACGGCAUCAUGAGCGAGUACGGCCACAUGACUCAGGAUGGUUCCAUAAGGCACGGUGAUCUCAAACCCGAGAACUUGCUGUGGUUCUUGGACGACAAAGGAAGUGGAUGCCUCAAAAUCGCCGACCUAGGUCUUGCAAAGCGUCAUGUCAUCGCCACCCAAGACCGAUCCAAAGCUACCUCGACAAGGUAUGGAACCAUUCUCUACGAGGCCCCGGAAGCACAGACAGCGCUAGGAAACCAGCCUCGCUCGCGUCAAUACGACAUCUGGUCUAUGGGAUGCAUAGCCUUGGAAUGGAUUAUUUGGAUCCUCUACGGAAAUGAAGAGCUGAAGAGAUUCUACGAGAAUCUGAAGGGGAGCGGCCGUGACUAUGGCCCUUACUACACCUUGAGUGAUUCUGGCCAGGGUCCUACACUUCACCAAGCUGUUGACCAUUGGAUAACAUUCAUCCGGGACACGCAUCCGAUAUGCCAGCGCGACUCGGCCAUCAACGACCUGCUCAAGCUGGUGAAAGAGAGGCUCCUUGUGGUUCACCUACCACCUCAUCGACCAACGACUCUGCAAAGCCACAGAGCUCGGGGGAUCCAGUCUGAUCUGCCGAGCAUGAGGCCGGAUGGGGCAGUUGCAUACAGAGCUACCUCCAGGGAUUUGGAGAAGGCCAUCCAGAACAUCUUGAACAAGGUACAUAGGGCUGGUGAGUAUUUGCUGACGAAUAGAGACCUCGAACCGACUCCCAAUGUACCAGACUUCAAGCCUGGUCUUCAACCUGGCGCGCUGCAUCACGGGGCAACGAGAGGUCAGCAGGGAGAUCUGGUACCCCCAAUGUCAAGCGCGAGAUACCUCGAAGGUUGGGAAUUUCCCGUCGACAACACAUUUGCACAGCGGCUUGUGCGUUCAGUCGGUCUUGAUAACCUGAUACCCCGUUCUUCAACCUCGGCCAAGCUCUGCAAUGGAUGCAGGGACCUUGACUUCGCCAAUCCCAGCUUCUAUCUCGAGGAGAGCUUAGACAAGCUGAAAGACAGUUCAAAGUCAUGUGAACUCUGCGAGCUGUUCUAUGAUACUUGGUAUCGUGCUUUUGAGGCCGAAAAGCGCGGAACUAUCGUCCGACUUGAGCGGACUGACUCGGUUAUUAAGGCAAUUGGGCCUCGAGCUGUGCCUAUUCUUUCGAUUCUCACGCUCCCACGUGACCUAAAUGCGGCCUCAGGAUUCCAGAUUGGGCUCCCAGAACUGCCCCAGCCUGGUUCCGAUAAGUUCUUUCAGAUCAUUCGACAGUGGCUUCAAGACUGCGACAAGGACCAUGGACACUGCCAACUGGCACAUGAUCCCAAACUUCCAACAAGACUAAUCGAUAUUGGAAGUCUGGAGUACCCAAUCUUGCGCUUAAUUGAGACACGCGAUGGCGAGGUAGCACACAACAGCAAAUAUAUUGCUCUCUCCCACCGCUGGGGCGACACAAACAAACAUCGCCCAUUCUGUACCCGGAUGACGGAUGCGAGCGGCAUGGAACACGAUCUAGAAUCUUUCAAGACGUCUAUUCCCUUCGAUCAAGUGCCUCAGACAUUCAGAGACGCCAUCCAAACCACCCGCCGACUGGGGGUCCGAUAUCUCUGGAUCGACUCGCUCUGCAUCAUUCAGGGCGACGAUGGCGACUUUGGCACCGAAGCUAAGCGGAUGGAGGAUGUCUUUAGCUGCGCAUACUGCGUCAUCGCAGCCAGCCGGGCUUCCAAUCAACGCGAAGGGUUCCUCAGGGAACGUCCGCAACGGAGGUUUCUGGCCGUCCACCAGACUGGCUUGGCUGGAGGACAUGGAGAUACCAUCUACUUUUGCGAGGCUAUCGACGACUUCGGCCGCCAGGUGCUGGACGGUGCCCUGAAUCGUCGCGGCUGGGUACUCCAGGAGCGUGCUUUGGCACGACGGACCGUCUACUUUGCCGAUACGCAGACGUACUUCGAAUGUGGACAGGGGGUAAGAUGCGAGACUCUGGCAAGAACCCAAAACAACAUGGAAGAUCUCCUCGGUGACGCCAGAUUUCCUGACAAGGCGUUGAGGACGACUUCUAGGGGUCUCAAGAUCCGUUACUUUCAAGACUUGUAUCGGAGAUACUCGCGGCUCGAAUUCAGCCAUAUUCAAGACCGUCCAGUUGCCAUUGCUGGACUAGAAAGCCGACUGCGCCGGGCGUAUUGCAAGCAGGGAGGUUUCGGCAUCUUUGAUGAUGGGCCUGGCCAUGGACUGCUGCAUCGGAGUCUUCUUUGGCAGAGGAGCACAGACGAGGAGACUAUGGAAGAUAGCAUGGAGCCUAUCGACUUCUCCGAGCACCUCGAGCGCGCACCGCCCACAUGGUCAUGGAUGGCCUUCAAAGGGGCCAUUGAUUACAUUAAUCCUCCAUUCCAACAGGUUGAGUGGGAAAAGAGUGAAGUUGAGCCGCCAUGGUCAGUAACACCAGGGGGUAGCGACAACUCUCGCAACCCGCGUCAUCUUAGAGUGGUAGCACGACGCUUCAAUGUUGCAAGACGCCAACCCGGUGAGGUCGAUCUCGUCUAUGACACACCGGAGCGCAAGGCGAGCUCAGACGGCCAGCGACCUAUGUGCGUUGUGGUGGCCAAAGAGAAGGGGAAGAAGCCGGUCGAAGAGAAGAGAUAUUACGUCCUCCUGGUCAGCGGCACGCCGGAGAUUGUGUCUUCGAGUCAAAAGGUAUUUACGCGGCUCGGGGUUGGGUCUAUGCUGGGGAAGUAUAUUGAGCUUAAACAGAGUGGCCAGGGCGGCGUGGUUAGGUGA